AGCCGGCCGGCAAAAAACAGCGCCCAUUUUGAUUUUCUUUCCUCGUCGCGGCGAUCUCAGGCCGAAUUUGCUUCUGCCUUCCCGAUCCUCUAACCGGCGUCGUGGGUUCCGGCGACAGGUGAUGAGCGGAAGCCGGCUGUGCGCCGUGCUUGCGGAGCUAGGCUUCGAUGGCCAGGACGCGCUCGAUCCGGACAGUUUCGAGUGGCCCUUCCAGUACGAGGAAGCACGCCCGGUUCUCGACUGGAUCUGCUCCAGCCUUCGCCCUUCUAAUGUUCUAUCCCUCCCAGAACUCUCACAAUAUGAACAGUUUCUUCAUGAAGGAAAGCUGUUGGAGGGGGAGGAUUUGGACUCUGCUUUUGACAGCAUUUCAGCCUUUUCAAGUAAGAAAGAUAACCAGGAAGCAGUAUUUGGAGCUGAAGAAAGGCUAAUAGAUAUCAGGGAGGCAAAACUUGCUUUCAAAGCGGAAGUAGUAGAAUUGCAAAAGCAGCUUGAACGCCAACAAUCAAUGUUUGAUUUACUAGCUAGCCAAGCUUCAGCUCUUAUUCAGGGUAGAAGGGCUAGAGUAUCUGCAACUUCAUUUGUUAACACACAACUUAUUACUUUAGAUGAGAAGUUUUCAGCGAGGAACUUAGAGAUGAAUUCUGUUCUAGGAAAAAUGUCCUCAACUGCUCAGGAGCUGGCUCACUAUCAUUCAGGGGAUGAGGGCGGGAUCUACUUAGCUUACUCGAGCUUUCAUCCUUAUUUGGUUGAAGAUUUAGCAUGUACAAGAGAGUUAAACCAGUGGUUUUCAAAACAGUUUGAGAAGGGUCCACUGCGGCUUGUUGCUGAGGAGGGUAAAUCUAAGUGUUCAUGGGUGAGUCUCGAUGACCUAACAAAUUGCUUGAUCCAAGGAGAUAAUCAAAAACCUCAUCAUCAUCAUCAUCAUCAUAAUCGUGUAGCUGAGCUCCAAAGGCUUCGUUCAAUAUUUGCUACGAGUGAGAGACAGUGGGUGGAAGCCCAAGUUGAGAAUGCUAAGCAACAGGCUAUUCUUUCAAUGCUCAAGUCUCAGAUAUCUUCUGAUGAGGCCCACAUUCAUCGAGAUAUAAAUUUCCUUAGGAAAAAACAUUCAGAAUUGGCUGGGGAACUUUCCAACCUCACCCAUAAAGAGCAGAAGUUCUUAGCUGAGGUUAUUCCACGCCUUUGCUCAGAUCUGGCUCAGCUGCAAGACACAUACAUUUUGCAGGGAGAUUAUGACCUGAAGGUUAUGCGACAGGAGUACUAUAUUAAUCGGCAGAAAAUGUUUAUUAAUCAUCUAGUUAAUCAACUUGCCAGACAUCAAUUUCUAAAAAUAGCUUGUCAAAUGGAAAGGAGGACAAUACUCGGGGCAUAUUCAUUGGCUAAAGUCAUUGAGUCAGAGUUGGAGGGCUAUUUAUCAGCAGGAAAUGGGCGUUUGGGUCAUUGUCUCUCCCUUAUUGAUGCUGCAAUGGAGGUACAAGAACAUGGAGCAGUGGAUGACCGUGACACGUUCCUGCAUGGUGUACGCGAUCUUUUAAGCAUUCACUCCAAUACUUCGGCUUCCUUACCAACUUAUGUAUCAGCACAUGGUAUAGUUCAGCAGAUAUCAGGGCUGCAGUCUGACUUGCUGUCUCUUCAAUUUGAACUUGAAAACACUCUUCCAGAAGACCGAAGGAGAUGUAUCAAUGAGCUAUGCACCUUAAUUCAAACUCUGGAGCAGCUGCUUUUUUCAUCUUCUGCAACUGCGGAGCCAUUGUUAACACCUAGGCCAUUGAUGCGUGCAAUUGAUGACAUGGAAAGGGUCAAUUCUCAAGUAUCUGCUUUUGUUGAAGAAGUGACAGAGGCUCAUCGCCAGAAGGCUGAGAUUGUCAAACAUCAUCCACACGAAGUCGGACGGGAGAGGCAGGUGUUUGUGGAUUUUUUCUGCAACCCAGAACGUCUCAGGAAUCAGGUCAGAGAACUGAAUGAGGUCAGAGAACUCAAUGCUCGAGUCAAGGCUCGUCCAGAUUGAGACCCAUACGGCGACUCUUUCCUUGUGCCACGUUUGAUACUGCCUUCUGCUCUGCAUAUGAGAGGCAGUUUCUAGGAUGAUAGCAGUGAGCUUAUAUUCUGCUGUGUAAAGAGUAUCACAAUACCUGAGAAGCGGCCUUUAGCUAUGAAAAAUGCGACCAGGACACUUUUAGUGAGACAAAUCAUCUGCGAUUUUUGUGUUAAUAUUUUGUUCAUGUAAACUUUGUACACUUAUUGCAUUUAAAUGUAUGCCUUUACCAGGCAAAAUGUAUCUGUAUCUAAUGAUUUAGUUCCAUUUCCCCUGAAGGAUGCUCCUGUAUAUGUCGAUCAGAGAUUACAGAUUGAGCUGUGUUUGUUGUCCAAUCUAUUCACAAAAUUCAGUGGUUGGUAUGCUUGUUCAA